AACCGGCCUGGCGACCAUCUCCGGGUCCCUGCGGCCUCCCGCCCGCUCCUCCUUUCCAAUCCUGCACUGCCUGGGCUGGGCCCGGCCGGUGGAAGAACCGAAGGGGACUCAGCGUGUCCCCACGGCGGCUGCAAGAAGACGGAGCAUGGAUGGCAGCCGGAGAGCUUUUUGCACUGACUCCUCUUCUCUCAGACUAAGCACUCUCCAGCUGGUCAGGAAUCACAUGGCUGUUCACUAUAAUAAAAUCCUUUCAGCCAAAGCUGCAGUAGACUGCUCAGUUCCAGUAAGCCUGAGUGCCAGCAUCAAAUGCAAACUAGCUUAUAACAACUCCACUACCUCCCUGUCCAGCAUGGAUUCCACAGCUUCUAGGCCCAGGAAACAGUGCUCCAGAACCACGUAUGGCAGAAAGCCCAGGAGCGCAUUCCCAAAUUCCCACCAGUUUCAGUUAGUCAUUUCAAAAGCACCCAGUGGGGAUCUUUUAGAUAAACAUUCUGAACUCUUUUCUAACAAACAAUUGCCGUUCACUCCACGCACUUUAAAAACAGAAGCGAAAUCUUUCCUGUCUCAAUAUCGAUAUUAUACACCUGCCAAAAGAAGAAAGGAUUUUACAGAUCAACGGAUGGAAGCUGAAACCCAGACUGAAUUGAGCAGCUUUCAAUCUGAUUUGGGGGCAGCUGAGACCAAGAACCUGACAGAUUCAGAAGUGAACAUCAACCAGGCAUCGAAUAGUGUGACAAAUGAUACCAAAGGGAAAAUAACCCCUUUACCUUUACAAGGGGAUGGCUUAAGGUGGAAUGAGAUUAAAGGUGGAGCUCUUCAGCAUUCCUCAGGAAGUGAAGAAGAGCUGUUGUAUCUGAGUUUCAUUGAAGAUGUAACAGACGACAUUUUGAAACUUGGUUUAUUUUCAAACAGGUUUCUAGAACGACUGUUCGAGCGACAUAUAAAACAAAAUAAACAUUUGGAGGAGGGGAAAAUGCGCCACCUGCUGCAUGUCCUGAAGGUAGACUUAGGCUGCACAUCUGAGGAAAGCUCAGUAAAGCUAAAUGAUGUUGACACGUUGACAUUACUUGAUUUUGAAAAUGCUGGGAAUUCAGAACAAAAUGAAUGUAAAAAUGGACAUGAGGUAACAAUUCAACAGGAACGUCAAGAAUACCAAAAGGCUUUGGAUAUGUUACUGUCUGCACCAAAGGAUGAGCAUGAGAUAUUCUCUUCACCAAGUGGAUUUUUCAUGCCCAUCUAUAAAUCAAAGUGUUCGGAAGGGGUUAUAGUCCAACAGGUGAGUGAUGAAACAAAUCUCAAACCUUCAACUUGGGAUGAAAACAAUCCAAGUAUUUCGGACAGUUUAAUAGACCAGGAAACCUCUGUGAAUGUCAUUGAAGGCGAUAGUGACACUGAAAAAGUUGAGACUUCAAAUGAAUUAUGUUGUCUUAGCACAUCAGUCCCCCAAUCUGUUCAGUUCUGCAGUAUCAACGGUGGCAAUAAUUAUGACCUGGAAUUACCAAUUCUUAAAAUCAUGGAAAUGAACAUUGAGGACUGACUGCCCUUCAGAUGCUUGAUCUUCAUUAAACACCCCAAAUGUCCAGUAAACUCAA